AUGUCUAUUCAAACCAUGCAUAUCGAAAAACCGAUAUAUAAUAAAGAAACAAUUACCUCAAAGCCCAAAAGUAUUAGUUUUACCUCCAUUUUGGACCAGAUCCUAAAAAAAUAUAACUUGUCCGCCGAAUCCAACCCAUCUCAAUUACGCGACUAUGCUAGUGAGCUCGGUGCUAUGCUUCUAGAUUGGAAAGCCCGAAAAAGCGUAAAAGAAGCUCUUCGUCGACGCUUAUUCAAAGAAGAUCAGAUCAAGGCUCUUGUACCGGAUAAAAGGAAUGAAAAACUUACCAUCAAAGAGAGAGCUCAAUAUUGCGCUAAAAGUGGUGAUCCAUAUGAUAUUUACUUACAUGCUUUAGAUUUAGUCAAGACAAAAAAUGAUAGUGAUGAAGAAAUUGUUGCAUCCAGCUCACGUCUUUCGCUUUUCCGUAAGGAAUUGAAAGAAUCUGGAGUUGAUUCUAAAGUAAUUGAUAUAUAUGCUAAAUUUUCGGCACUUACUCAAGAUUCUAACGAAAUUCAGAAGAAGGAACUUGGUGACACUUCUUCUGAUUCCGAUACCAAUCCUGAUACUGAACCCGAACCUAAAUCUCAGCCUAAGAAUAAUAAUCCUUUUGAUGCCCAAAUCGCAGAAAUAGAUUCUAUGUUAGCAAAAAUAAAUGUGAAGUAG